ACCGGGUCGGCGACGGGCGCGCGCGAAGUCAUAUUAUACACCACGGCUACCAAGUCGGUUGUUGUCGCGACAACCUGGCCACUCAGGCCACCAGAGAUCACCCCAGCAGGAGGAGCACAAUUUUGCUACAUUGUUCUGUCGUUUAAUCAUAUUUAUCUUUGAUAUACAUCGACUCACCAGUCUUUUUCUCUACUCCUAGAGUAAAAUCAGUGCAAGUCGUGUGUUAAAUGGUGUUAGAAUAUGUAUAAGUAGUCCGAGAGGCUGUUUUAAUAACCGACAUAAUCACCCAGACGACACAAUGUUUACCGCUGAGAGCAUCACUCCAAACCACCCCAAGUGAAUGAGCAUCCUUAAUAUGGCACCGUUACCAUCACCGUACCACUCCAGAACUAUCAAAACAUGUCAUCAACAAGUCGUUGUUUCUCCAAACGCCUGCGCAUCGAACUUCAGCCACCAACACUGCGCAAAUUCCCCCAGAUAAAAUCCUCUAUAAAUCGAACAAAGAGUUCCUACGACCUUUCGUGAGUUAUCCUCCUUCUUCGUACGAAUCUGAGUGAUCUUCUAUCGUGUAUGCGGGUUUGUUGGUCGCACGGUAACGACCAGCACAUCCCGCCCGGCUGACCAACUGGCCGCCAUAUCGUUGCUGUGCGUCGUGGUACUUACUGUCGCGGUAGGUCCGGCUCUGGGCCUGCCAUUUACGUCAUUUUCCUCCCGUAGUACGUCACUAUCGUCAUCUUCCUCCAGAUUUGUGUCGAUCGCCGGUCGACAUCAAACCAAUUCCACCGUUAGUACGGCUACAUCCUCUUCCAGAUUAGUUUUUAGGCAAAGUGAUACUAGCGUAGUGCGUUCGGGUAAACUAGCAUCGAGUACUUUGACGGGAAAUAGUGAUUCUAGUACUAGUGUUUUGCGAGUGACUUCGGCCGCCUUCGUGGGGUCGGAGAAGAAGGAAACGAAGAACGCUUCCGAAGAAGUUAGGAUUGGGAAUGAGAGGGAGGAGUACCUGAAGGGGAUCCACUUGUCCAUGCCACCGGCGCAUGCGCAGGAUACAGAUUCAUCCGUCCUGCUCGUCGCCAAGCCGUCGUCGCCCUCGGCCGCCCCUCCAGGACCGCCGCCUCGCGGCCACCGUCCCUCCGCCGCCUGGGCACCGCCACUGGUGGCGGCGCUGGCAGCGGCGGCGGCAGCGGGUUUCGCCCUGGUCCUGGCCUCGUGCCUGCUGCUCAGGCCGCCCUGUCCCCGCGGUGUGGCGGACGGGGAGGCGGAGGCCGCCGCCACUGUCUCCAGCGACGCCACUGUCGUCGUUCCCGUGAGUACAAUAGCAGAAUGCAGAACCAAGCUGUCAAAAAAUGACAUGCUGUCGGUGGUGAGCGCCGGUGCCGCGGCUGGAAUGGGCGGCAUGGACCGGCUGCGAGGCGGCGGAAGGGCGGCGGCCAGGGAGCUGGCCGCCUCCCGCGACCGGCAGGUGCGACUCCACGCCGUCAGGACGGACCUGGCCCUCGACCUGCCGCCCAGCAUCGCGCUGCCCGACGGCGAGGACAGGAGGGCGGCAGCCGCCCACGCCAGGCUCCACCUCAGGGAUACCGAACAGGAAUCCGAAAUCUACCAAAAAUGCAUCCGACCGCCCCCCAACCGGACGGUGAUGGACGGCGAGUCCCCGCCGCCGUACCGCUCGAGCUCGGCGGGCGUGCUCGCCUCCUCCUCCUCCUCCACCUCGUCGUCCACCUCCUCCACGGGGGUGGGAAGCGACUGGUCGUCGGGUGGCAGCGGCGGGGCGUCCUGCUUCGUCCGCUGCCACUCCAUGUCCUCCACGUCGUCCACCUCCAAGACGCUGGGGACAAGCCACCACCACCAUCACCACCAGCAUACGCCUGGCGGUGCCCAAAAGACUGAUUUUUUACAAAGAACUGUUAAGAUUUUCACGGGGAAAAAGACUACUACUACUGCGACGUCGGCGACAAGUUCUGUGACGUCGACGACGACAGCUCCCUGCGUCAUAGUUCCAGUUACGCGGCAACAGCAACAGCAACAGCCGAAGAAGGAUGGUGGAGGGCACAAACCGCCCGUCUGACAAACGCCUCAAGUUUAGACGAGGAUAUUAACGGGGAGAUACGUUUAGUUUAUUCCAUUUUGUUCGUUCGAUCGAAUUGUGCUGUCUGGCCAAGCCCGAAUUGUGCGUGACGCUCUUCAAAAUAAUUUGAAGAUCAGAGAAAUGUUAGUCUGUUCAAAAUCAUCCUGUAACUAAUGUUAGUGUUUUAUUUGAAGCUCAUAAGAAUAUUUGCUUUCUUUUUUUUAAUAUAAUCUCUACGCUUCGUACUUUAGUAUGAAGAAUAGAGCAUCUGGUUCAAAUAUUAAGUAUAAAUCAAGAGCAGACUUUCUAGAUGCAGUUUGUCCAUUUUUUAGAAUUCAGAUAGAGAAAAACUGCUAAGCUUUUUGCAAGAAACUUACCGAAAGUACAUGUGAAAUUUCUCUUUAUUUUUCUGCUACCACGGUCCGUAUUCCCCAACUACAUGCUCCCCAGUCGUAGCUCCAUUCAUUUUUUUAAAUAGUAUUAUUCAAAAAAUAGAGAUGUUGUAGUACAAAAAAAAGCACUCUUCAUCUGGCAAUGACAAACAAACAGCAGUAUGUUCACAGUAAAAAAGGACAUACUUCUGUUUGUUUGUCUACCGCCAAUGGACAUACAGUACAUAGAAAGUCUAAGGUAUUUUGCCAUUUGAAAAUUUUAAAAAUGGACAAAAUGUAUUUAAUAAGUCUGCACCUCAAAUACAGAUUGUUUUUUGUUAAAAUCUUAGGUCAUGUAAUAUCUAGACACUUUCUUUACGUUGUAAUUUUAUAACCAACACUACUGUAUGAUGUGACGUCAUUUCAGUGAAAAAAGCUGAAAGCUUUGUGUCUUCGUUCAAUAUUGACUAGUAGUGUCAUUCAAAUUUAAAAAUUUACAGUUUAGUUUAUUUAAAAGUAUCUUAUAACCAACAAAAAUAUCUUUGACUAUAUUAUAAAAGAGAAAAUAUUAAAUUUUCUUAAAUCUAAUAAGGACAAACCAGAAUUUCUAGUCCAAAUAUUAGAGUCUUACUUCAGGCCUAAAAUUGAUAUCUUAAACUAUAGCAUUAAAACUCUAGGUCACACUUAAUAUCGGCACUUUUUCAAUUUCUGCAAAAAAAUUCUAUUAACAAUUAACACAGACCAGUUAUAGCCUUUUUAACCCCUAUCGUGACUAGGGAAUGCAAUCCCGCACCAAAAUCUCAAUCCCGCAAACCCGCGGGAUUAAAGCAAUCAAUCCCGCGGAUCCGCAAAAUUGCCGGACUGUAAACAAUAGUCAUACAUUUGG